AUGACUGACUUCGUCCCGAAUGCCUCGUCCAUGGCGUAUGCCGGCGGCGUGGCCCUCGCCUUCGUCCUAGCGUGCAUCAUCAUCAACGUUCUCUGGCUGCAAUUGCCUCGCCCAAAGUCAGAGCCGCCAGUAGUCUUCCACUGGCUGCCAUUUGUCGGCAAUGCCAUCUCUUACGGCAUGAAUCCCUUCAACUUCUAUUCCCGAUGCCGCGAAAAGUACGGUGACAUCUUCACGUUUGUCCUGUUUGGCAGGAAGAUGACUGUCUACCUAGGAGUUACAGGCAACGAUUUUAUCCUGAAUGGCAAACUGCAAGAACUAAAUGCCGAGGAGAUCUAUAGCCCGCUGACGACGCCGGUGUUUGGGAGCGACAUCAUUUAUGACUGCCCCAACUCGAAGCUCAUGGAGCAGAAGAAAUUCGUCAAAUUCGGGCUGACGCAAAAAGCCCUCGAUUCGUACGUCCCGUUGAUUGAGAAGGAGGUCAUUGACUACAUACAAUCCGCGCCUGCCCUCCAAGGCAACCGAGGCACCGUCAAUAUUUCCCAAGCGAUGGCCGAAAUUACCAUAUUCACGGCCGGCCGCAGCCUUCAGGGCGCAGAGGUCCGGAAAAAGCUGACGGGAGAAUUCGCUGAGCUCUACCACGAUCUUGACCUUGGGUUUCGCCCCAUCAACUUCCUCAUGCCGUGGGCUCCGCUUCCCCAGAACCGACGACGCGACCUUGCACAUGGCCGCAUGCGAGACAUCUACACGGAGCUCAUCAACGAGCGCCGCAAGGCGAGCGGUUUUGAGGAGGAGGAUGAUGAGGAGGAGGCCGACAUGAUUCGCAACCUGAUGCAGUGCGUGUACAAGAAUGGCCGGGCCCUCCCUGACAAGGAGAUUGCACACAUGAUGAUUACGCUUCUAAUGGCUGGGCAACACUCGUCCUCUUCCUCGAGCGCAUGGAUCAUGCUACGUCUUGCUUCGCGCCCUGACAUCGCCGAGGAGUUGUACCAGGAACUGAAACAGCAAGGUUUUGGCCCUACGCAUCGGCUCCAAUACGCCGACCUCGACAAGCUCCAGCUUCUCUCGAAUGUGGUCAAGGAGACGCUCCGGGUACAUUCGUCAAUCCACUCCAUCAUGCGCAAGGUCAAGCAGCCGAUGCGAGUGCCCGAUAGCGACUAUGUCAUCACUCCCGACAAGGUCCUUGUUGCUUCGCCCCUCAUGACACAUCUCAACGAGGACUACUUUCGCAACGCCCUAACUUGGGAUCCGCACCGGUGGGACAACGAGGUCGAAGCCGAAGAAGACGAGGUUGUCGACUACGGCUACGGCGCCACUUCCAAGGGCACCAAGAGUCCAUACCUGCCAUUUGGUGCCGGCCGGCACCGUUGCAUCGGCGAGAAGUUUGCCUACCUCAACCUUGCCACCAUUAUCAGCACGUUGGUCCGACACUUUAAGUUCGCUACGCUGGAUGGCAAGGCGGUGGUGCCACCCACAGAUUACACAUCCUUGUUCUCUCGGCCGACUCAGCCUGCGGUGGUACGAUGGGAGAGACGUGAACGCUCGGCAGCGUAG